CCUUCUGAUGCUGUGCUCCUAGCUACUGCCGUCAUUCUUGUAAAAAAUCGUGCUGGAAUCUUCGUGUCCUGUCGCGCUCUUUUAGAUUCUGGUUCCCAGUUGCACUUCGUCACAACUCGCUUCGCAAAUCAACUUCAGCUAUUCAAAACAAAAGCUUCUGCUACAGUCUCUGGAAUUGGAGAUGCCAACUUCCCAACGGAAGGUUACUCACUCGAUCUCGUACUUAAGUCGCGGACUUCAGAUUUUUCAACAAGCAUCACUGCCCUUGUUGUGAAAACCAUCACCGACAAUCAGCCUGGCUGCUCCGUGAGCACCAACGAGUGGAAUGUUCCGUCGAAUAUACCACUAGCCGAUCCUGGGUUCAACUUACCACAGCGUAUUGAUCUGCUCAUCGGAGCAGGACUGUUCUUCGAUCUACUUUGUGUGGGUCAGAUACGCUUAGGAUCUGGUUUACCACUACUUCAGAAAACUCGUCUCGGAUGGGUGCUAUCUGGAGGUGGGCAACAAACUCCAAACCUGUCAUCAUUCGUCGUGAGGCAGAAAUCCUCCAGUGGUCUCAUUCCCAGCACUCGGCUGGACUAUUUAGUACGUCGGUUUUGGGAGAUCGAGCACAUUUUCGAACCGAUCUCUAAGGCCUCCCAAGAAGAUCUUGACUGCGAAGCCCACUUCCAGGGAAAUUAUUUUCGAUUGCCAUCAGGUGAAUACUCUGUUCGUCUGCCCAUAAAACGAAGCAUGGAUGCCCUAGGAGACUCCUAUUUACAAUCUCGUCAACGCUUUCAAGGUCUGGAACGAAAAUUCGCCCGUAACCCUGAUCUAAAGGCAGAAUACAGUAAGUUUAUUAAGGAAUAUGUGGACCUCAACCACAUGUCGCUGGUUUCCAACGAGGUUGUACAACAAUGCAAGUACUUCCUGCCACAUCAUUGCGUUAUCAAGGAUGACAGUAGUACAACAAAAUUGAGGGUGGUUUUUGAUGGAUCUGCAACUACUACCUCAGGUUUUUCGUUAAAUGACCUACUCAUGGCAGGCCCAACUAUUCAACCGAAGCUUUUUCAUAUUCUCAUUAGAUUUCGUACUUUUCCUAUAGCACUUACUGCAGACAUCUGUAAGAUGUAUAGGUGUGUUCGCGUCACUCCACCGGACAACAUGCUCCAAUGGAUUUUGUGGCGAGAAUCUCCACAAGAAGACUUUCGCAUCUAUAAGCUCGACACGGUGACGUAUGGAACUAAGCCUGCAGCGUUUCUAGCCAUCCGAGCCAUGCACCAACUCGCAGCAGACGAAUCCGCGACUAUCCCAUUGGAGCAGAAGCGGUACUUCGGGACUUCUAUGUAGAUGACCUGAUAACUGGGGGCGAUUCAAUGGCAGAAGUACUCAACAUUAAACUGCAAACAACUAGCCUUCUUACCCGAGGAAGCUUCAAGUUACGCAAAUGGUGCUCUAAUAGUCCUGAGAUCCUUCGUGAUAUUCCUGACGUAGACAAGGAAAAGUUUCUUAAGUUUGACGAUGGCAGUGACAUCACCAAAGCACUGGGGCUUGUCUGGGACCCGCACAAGGACAAAUUGCUAUUUUCAUUUGUACCACAAAGAGAAUUCGGAAAAAACUCCAAACGCUCUGCGUUGUAUACACUAGCUCGAUGUUACGAUCCCCUUGGACUAAUGGGGCCCACGCUGACCAAGGCGAAGAUUCUUCUGCAACGAAUGUGGAGAGAUAAGCUCGACUGGGAUGAGAGUCUGCCACAAUCGUUAGACACUGCUUGGUCUGCUUUUUGCACUGGAUUUGCAGACAUGCAGUAUCUAUCAUUUCCUCGUUACGUUUUUCAGUCUGAAGCCAUUAGAGAAAUCCAUGCAUUUUGCGAUGCAAGCCUUGAAGCUUAUGGGACUUGUGUUUACACGCGAUCAACCCAGGACAACAACAUACAAGUUCACCUAUUAUGUUCAAAGGCCCGUGUCUCUCCACUAAAGACCGUCACCAUACCCAAGCUGGAACUCUGUGCAGCAACAUUGCUCGCACAGCUAAUGGGUGAGUUUACAAAAACGAAACUUUUUAAUUGUUCAUUUCAUUGUUGGUCAGAUUCCUCCACCGUCCUUUCGUGGCUGCGAGAAGAACCGUCAAGGUUUAACGUUUUUGUCGCCAAUCGGGUUUCCACCAUACAUCAACUGACAGAGGGCAUGCAAUGGCACUAUGUUCCUACAGCAAUGAACCCGGCUGACAUUUUAUCGAAGGGAGCUACACCCCGGGAACUUCUAGGAUCGAAACUUUGGAUGCACGGCCCACCCUUUUUGCUAGAAGCGGAGGACAACUGGCCACGCAUGUGCUCACCACAACCAAAACUUCCCGAAAUUCGACAAAGGGUUUUGCUUUCUGCAAAUAAUCAUAUAGACAUUUCCCUUUCAUUCAAAUACAUUAACUCAUUCGGAACAAUGCAGCGAAUUUUUGGGUAUGUCAGCAAAUUUAUUAACAUCAAAAAAUCGCCAAGGUCAUCGCAACUUAAGGCUGAAGACAUUCAUCAGGGAACUCAACUUCUUAUUCGCAUAGUACAAAGAGCGCAAUUGUGGCCGGAGUACACUGUAUUGCAAGCCAAUAAAUGCGUCCCUAAUUCGAGCAGCAUUGCCUCGUUGUCGCCAUUCCUUGAUGACUUCGGAAUUAUUAGAGUCGGUGGACGAUUAAAAAAUUCGAUGCUUAGCUUUUCAUCGCGCCAUCCAUGCAUUCUACCGAAGGAUCAUCUACUGACGUACGCAAUAAUCACCUAUUUUCAUCGUAAGCAUCACCAUGCAGGUCCUCAAGCUUUACUCGCCUUUAUUCGUAUGCAGUUUUGGCCAAUAGGUGGCAGGAAAACAACAGCUCGCGUUCUACAAAAAUGCAUUAUCUGCCUCAAAUCAAGACCGAGACUCGUCGAGCACAUAAUGGCUGAUCUGCCCAAGGAACGCAUUCAGGCUUCGCGGCCCUUCAUAGUCACCGGUGUGGAUUACUGCGGACCGUUUUAUUACAAGCCUGAAGUGCGCAACAAAUCGCCACAAAAAUGCUAUGUUAGCGUGUUCAUAUGCUUCGCUACAAAGGCUGUUUGGAUGGAGUUGGUAAGAGACCUUUCAACGGGUGCAUUUAUUGACGCAUUAAAAAGAUUCAUAGCCACGCGUGGAAUACCAAGAUGUAUCUGGUCUGACAAUGCAACGAAUUUUGUAGGCGCUAAGAACGAGCUUAAGGAACUACGAGACUUAGUUCUCAGUGAAAAACACCGCAGCAAACUUCACAACUUUUGCCUCAGUAAUGGGUUCGAUUGGCGCUUCAUUCCCCCUCGCUCCCCGCACUUUGGCGGUUUGUGGGAAGCAGCCGUAAAGACAGCCAAGCAACAUUUCUAUCGUUCCGCUAGCUCAUCAAUUCUUGGGUUUGAUGAAUUGCGUACAUUGAAAAUCCAGAGGAUUUGGAUGUCCUAACACCAGGGCAUUUUUUGAUUGGUGGUCCUAUGACAGCUCUUCCUGAACCGGAUCUCACGGCGCUAAAUUACUCGCGACUUGAUCGAUGGCAACGUGUAACAUAUAUACAACAAGUCUUUUGGAGGCGGUGGACUCAAGAGUAUCUCACUCUUCUCCAGCAACGCGCAAAAUGCCUCAAGCCGAUAUUCAAGUCAAUGAUGUCGUGUGCAUAAAGGAAGAAAAUUCACCGCCCUUGAAGUGGCCUCUAGCACGAGUAAUUGAAGUUAUCCCUGGAGCAGAUGGUGUCGUACGAGUGGCACUUUUGCGAACAUCUAGUGGCAUAAAGCGUCGAGCCGUAAACAAACUGUGUGUUCUCCCGGUAAGGGAUUCUGUUGAAAGCCGUGACCUUUCAACGGGGGGGAGGAUGUUCGGAGCCGCGGAUGAUCUGCCCUAAUGCACCCGCAAAUAAACAGUAGCUUGCAAGCACAUAUGUACGUACAUACAGAGGUGGGCACAUACAUAUUUUUCUUAUCUAUCGCUAUGUUGUGCCGGUACAUAGAAAUUUAUGUAAUUAUCAUGUUUUUUAUUUCUGUUAUUCCUUGAAAUCCGUUCUUCGUUGUUCUGCAUAAAUAUGUCACACAGCAAGUAAGUUAGGCAGUCUUGUACAAACAUUUGAAAAUAAAUAGUCGAAUAAAAGGGCAAAGGAAUCGUUUUUCUUUUAACAUAA